AUGGUCUCUGAAAGACAAAUAAAACUUACCUUGUGACUGGCUUCAUAACAGCUCCUCACCAUGAGGACAUAAUCUGCUGGCCUGAGAGAGACACAAGGGAAGAAUGGAAAAUGAAGAUAUGGCGAAAUGAGGAAGAUACCAAAGAGAUCAUCUGUAGCCUUAUGAGGCAAUCCUUGUGGCAGUUGCUGAUUUCUUUUAAGUUCCAGGUCUGCUCCAAGCAGCUGAGAGAGGUCAGUCUGCAUUCUGCUGCAAAUGGUCUUCAUUUCGAUUGCUAUGUGUCUGCUCUGCCCCAUUUUUGUUGAGGCCUUCACUAGACCUUCAGAAAGCAGAAUUGGGUAUGGAAACCAGCUUCUACUAAAAAGAAUAGGGUUAUAUGUAGGACAGGAGUGGAGAAGUGGCAAGUUGUAAAAGGAUGCUUAAUUCUUCUCCUGCCCACUGUGUAUCCCACUGCUCGCCAUUUCUCUCUUCUAAAUCUCAUCUGCCCUAUCUCUACUGACUUUCAGAAGUUCUGGAGACCUGGGUCCCCAGACUUAAGUUUUUCAUGAACCUUGUCCCUGUCCUGUAAAUGAUGUUUCUUGUAUGGGCCUCAGAAAGGUUGCAUGGCAACUUAUAACAGUUGUGUAUUAGUGUUAUACAGUACCAUCUUUACAGGUGACACUUUAUGAAAUUGCAUAAGCAAAAGAAAAACCCAGCUGGUCCCUGUGCUCAGGAGUUUACAACAUGAAAACUACAAGGUUGAAGAUCUGCAGAACUGGAAGUUGAGUGCUCAUUUCUGGCUUUUGGCAGCGGACAUCAUUUGUCUUAAUGUACACAAAUAUACAUGUCCAAAUAAUGGACAUGCCAUAUAAAUCAAGGGUAGGGUUGCUGACCCUCCAAGUGUCCCUAUUUUCCAGGGACAUCCCUGAUUUAGAGAAGCCGUCCCAGUUUCUGAUUUGAUCCUGGGAUGUCCCACUUUUCCUUAGGAUGUCCGUAUUUUCAUUGGAAAAAUGUUGGAGGGUAUGGAGUUAUCCAACCCCUGAGCUGUCCGAAGGCAAUCUUGUAUAGGGAAGUUUUUUAAAUGUCUUAUUAUGUUUUUAUAUAUGUUGGAAUCUGCCCAGUGCGCUGGGGCAACCCAAUAAGUUGUGUGGAGGAUAAAUAGUAAAAUUAUUGUUAUUGAAUGGGAUGUCCCUAUUUUCAUCGGAGAAAUGUUGGAGGGAAUGAGGUUGCCAUAUGUCUGGAAAUUCCUGGACAUGUCUGCUUUUGUGGGUCCUACAUGCCCAUCUGGGGGGCAUUAUAGAUUUGAAAGCAAAUGUCCUGGAUUUGGGGUUUUUUAAAAAACAUUUUUUUGUGUGUCCGGGCGGCAGUGACUCGGGCUCGGGCUCUGGUGUGGGUGGCUCAGGCUCGGCAGUGACAGAGGAGCUAUCGAGAAAUUGCCCUAAAACAGCUCUACAGCUUUUUGUGUCCAGAUUUUUAGCUCUUGAAAUAUGGCAACCCUAAUCAAGGGGGAAAGAUGUGUCUAUAUCUGAGCAUCUUUCAUGAAACAACAAAACGGUUAGCAGUGCAAUCUUGUAUAUGUCUACUCAUAAGUAAGCCUUGUUGAAUUCAGUGGUACUUACUCCCAGGUAAGUGAGCAAAGGAGCACAGCUGAAGAAUGAGAUUUUGUGUGAAAGAACUAAAAAGAAGCUGUCGUUUGCGAAUGUGGUUUCAGGCAGUAAAAUAGCAGGAAUAAGAUGUACUGCCAGACCUCCUGGAAAUAUCUUGGUUGCUUCCCUCCAUCACUCAUUGUUACAUUCAGUGAGUCAGUGGCAAAUAAUGUAACAAACAUAUACUCAUCUUCACCCAGUGAAUGCUGGAUGAUAAGUCUCCUUCUUCAUCUGUUUGUGUGAAUUACUACAGCACCAUGCAGACAAUCAUGAAAUCUGCUCCACGCUAUGUUGCAGGAGAGAAGCAGGGGCACUGGGGUUUCAGGCCCAUUGAGACACCGAACAAUUCCCUUCUUGUUGCCUGCAGAAGCAAAGAAGGCCACUUGGAAGCAGUACUUCCAUGGAAGUAAACCCUUCCAUCUGUUGAAGACAGGUUUAUGAGCUCAUUGGUACACCACACUCCCACAGGCAGUCGGCUUUGAGAUUGCCAAGUAUCUGGGGCCAGGUUACAUGAGAUCAUGCAACAGCUGGUUGACAGGACCAGCCCUAGCAUUGCGCAGAGUGAGGCAACCACCUCAAGUGAUAAAUGGUAGGGGGAGGGCACCAGGAGCAACGCCCAACCCAACAGUUCCUCCUAAGUGCCCUUGCCAUACCUGCCUUCUGUUGGAGCACAGAACUAUGCAGGCCACACAGCCCACCUUGUGUUCCCCAAACGACGUUGUUGCCCUCAGGUGCCAUGGAGGACGCUAUCUGUUGCCAGUAUUUAACAUGCAGCUGCUAGUCCAGUUAGCUUCUAUAUGUGGAAUGCUAGGGCAGAAGGCUGCAUUCAGACCUCGCUUCUCCUGUCCAGCCAGCUCCCAUGAGGCGGACGGGUGUCCCUUAAACUCCUUAGCUAAUCAUCAGGAAAACGUAUUGGAUCUCCAUAUCAACAAAUACCUUUCAACAAAAAAAGGCUAUCUUUCUAGAACAGAGUCUAGUUCCUAGAGGUACCUCAAGGGCGAUGAUUGCCACUGUGAGCUCCUUUGGCAGGAAGGGAAGGAUAUAAAUUCAAUUAAUAAUAAUAAUAAUAAUAAUAAUAAUAAUAAUAAUAAUAAUUUAUUAUUUAUACCCCGCCCAUCUGGCUGGGUUUCCCCAGCCACUCUGGGUGGCUCCCAACAGAAUGUUAAAAACACGAUAAAACAUCAAACAUUAAAAACUUCCCCAAACAGGGUUGCCUUCAGACGUCUUCAAAAAGUCAGGUAGUUGUUUAUUUCCUUGACAUCUGCUGGUAGGGCGUUACACAAGGUGGGCGCCACUACCAAGAAGGCCCUCUGCUUGGUUCCCUGUAACCUCACUUCUUGCAGAAGGCCCUUCAGUGUCCAGGCUGAAUGAUGGGGGUGGAGACGCUCCUUCAGGUAUACUGGGCUGAGGCUGUUCAGGGCUUUAAAGGUCAGCACCAACACUUUGAAUUGUGCUUGGAAACAUACUGGGAGCCAGUCUAGGUCUUUCAGGACCCGUGUUAUAUGGUCCUAGUGGCCACUCCCAGUCACCAGUCUAGCUGCUGCAUUCUGGAUUAGUUGUAGUUUCUGGGUCACCUUCAAAGGAAGCCCCAUGCUACCUGGUGAAAGGUGUCACUUGGUUGAAUCCAGCUAAGUUAGAGUAGACCAACUGAAAGUAAGCUGUGUUCAAUCAUUUCAAUGGAUCUACUCUGAGUAUGACCAACCCACUGCCUUUACCUUCUGGGAGAAGUGGAAUCCUUUGUUGAUGGUGUGGUCUCAGUAGAGGCCUGGAGCAGAGGGGAUCUGUGACGACUGAUAUGCAAAGGGCAGAGAUUGUUUUUCAGUGUCUCAGCAGCCAAAACUAACAACCAAAAAAUGGCCUGAAAAUACAGGUUGAACUAAUUGUUUUCUUUUGUUAAGCUGUGUGUGAUGCAGGUGCAAGUAGAAAUCUUUAUUUCAAGAUACCUCUGUUUAUAUCUUGUCUGUCUCUCAAACAUUUAUUUCACACUUGUUCUAAGUGGCUGUCCACACAGUACACUUUAUACAUGAUGACAGUUAAGGGCAUGGUAGUGUUAGGGAUGUCUGCCUACAUUUUGCUGCGAUUUCUCUGCAUGAGAGCUGGGAACUGCCAGUAACUACUAUAAGAAGUGCCUUUGCACUUUUCUAUGAGAUGGCAGCGGCGAGAGACAGCAGUAUGCGUCCCUCAGAUGUAUUGUUUUUCAGCGCCCUUUGCUUUAUUUUCGCGAGGUUUGGUUUUCACUGCAAAAGGUGUGGAGAGCAUAAAAACGUUUGCAAAAAAAACCAAAAAAACAACCUUAUUCCUUCCAGUCUUGAACACAUCUUUGUGGGUGUUUGUGGCCAUUUUCUCCUCUGAUCCGCUUAUGUUUGGGAGAACGUGGAAGAGCUGAUGCCCCCAGUGCUAAAGCAAUGGGGACCACCCCUUUCUGUGCUAAGCUCAGUGCAGGAGAGUCUACUGACCCAUUCGCUUCCGCAAAACAGCAUGUUCACUCUUUCCCUGAUACCCGUCCACUGCAAACAGUUUCACACACUUUCACCAUUGGGUGCCAAAUACUCUCCAAAACAAGGGAAGGCUUGUUUCAUAAGGAGAAGGGGAGGGGGGACAAUUACAGCCCCCUGUCUUGACUAUUAUGUUUUUAUUCUGCUCUUCUCCUCAAUGAGCUCAGGGAAGCCUGCACAGUCUCUCUCUCCUUCUUCACAUUUCAUCCUAAACAAAUAAACCUUGUGAAGCAGCUAGGCGGAGAGACAGAGAGAAUGGGACUGACCAAGUGAAGUCCAUGGCUGAGUGGCAAGCUGAAACCCAAUCUCCCAUUCAUUGUUUGACACUGUCCACUAUCUGACACGAGCUCUUUCCCCUUUGUCUCAGCACUUAAUGGUGCAAACGUCUGCGUGGGAUCUCCUUCCUGCCAUUCCAUUUCUGGUUUUACUUGUUUUGGUAUUGCUCUCGAAUCGAAAAUACUGAUUUAUUUUUGGAGGUGGAGUGGCCGGGAGCUAAGGAAAUUACCUGCCUUUCAACACUAGCUCUAAACAUUUCCUAAUGUCCUACCAAAGGAAUGCAUUAUUUUCCCCAUCUCAUAUGUCUAGGUGGCUUGCGACAUCAUUUUUCUCAUGACACACAAAUUACCUCCACAUAUAGCACGAAGGCCUUCCUAUAGUUUCUCCUUGGCAUCAGAAACAAAUUGCCAGUCACAUGUAAAAUAUUUGAGUCCAGUCCAUGCCUCUGCCUUUGAUUCUGCAACAAUUGUGAAGGAUGAGUUUCCCUGUUCUGUACGAGAAACAAAGGCUGAUUAGGGAUGGCAGAGAAAUUCAAUUCAGUUUGAAUUUUAAUGUGAACCUGCCUAAUUCAUGCUUCCUAAAAAAAAUAUGUGAACCUAAAUGCUGCCCUUUGAAAUCCACACAUCUCUGCAUUUUAUGAUGCAGUUCCCCAACCUAAAUAUUUAUAGAAAGUGCAUAUAUUAGAGGAAAGUGUGCAUAAAAGAGCAUAUAUUAAAGUGCUUGCAGGACUGCACAUAUUAGGCAGAAUUGUGUAUGUUGUGAGAAAACCUGCCUUAAAAGGCUGAAUUUAUUUAUGAUGACUUCUUAAAAUAUAUUUGCGAAUUGAUGCAACAAUAUAGGUUGUAGAAAUUUUGCCCCAGCCUGCAAAAAAUUGAGGAAGGUGCUUAUGUUAGUUCUGCUUUAACUGGCUGAAUCUAAUUCUUAUGUAUUUAACAACAAUUCCACCCCACUCUUCCAACAUUGAAGCCUCCAGAGCUGCUAACAAGUAAAAUAACUAUUUAAAACAACAAUCAUCUCAUUAUAACCAUAAAAGAGCAGAAUAUUACUGAGCUUUAGUAAUGGCAAGAUGUGUCAGUAAUAAAAAAUAAAGGAACACCAGACACUUCCAGACUGUCACUCUUUGAGAAUGCAGUUCAAUUACACACUGGCAAAUUCAGGUUGCACAGAGAAAGCAGAUUUGGUGCUCAUGUACAACAAAACUGAUUUUUUCCAAUGACGUUUUGUGCUAAGGAAAGUGACAGGGAACCCUGGAAAGCACGGGGUAAUAAUUGCUUGAUGCAACCACCCUGCAGUGUGAUCCGAAUGAAUGCUCAUCAAUCAGGUUCUCUGGAAGUAAAAGUAUCAGACCCUCUGGGGUGCCAACACUUCCAAGGCCCUAUCUAGGAUCGCUACCUCAGAUGAUGGUGAAUCUCAAAGAAUACAAUCUCAGGGUCCGGUUAAAUGAAGAUACAUAUAGAGGGGUUGAUGGAGAGAAGAGAGAGACCUGUGUAGAGACAGGUCAGAGUGAGUUUCCCUCAAGGUGUAAGGCUGAGGAAAGGGAAAACUUUUUUCAGGCGAGAGCUGGGAAGACUCACUUCUUUAAAUGUGAAGAUUAAGGUACAUUUAUGGUAGUAGGCUAUAUACACGCCUAAGAAACAGUUUCUACCCAAAUGCAAUUUUGGUUUUAAACGCAUUGUAAGGAGUCUGUAUGGGAGUAUAUUGUAUUUAAAAAUGGGGUAUCAGAGUUUUUAGGGGGCUAACCAGGUUGGGAUAGCUGGGAUAGCAGGCUUGUUGGGUUUUGAAUGUCUUAUGUAGUUUUUCAAUUUUGUUGUUUUGUAUGGGACAAUGACAAUAAAGAUUAUCGUAUCGUAUCGUACAUAUAAUUUUGUGUUUUAUUAUGAUUUCUAUUGGUGUUAAUAUUAUUUUAUUGCUCCGUGAAAAAUUUAAUAAAAUAUUUGUGUGGGCAGGGAGAGAAUACAGCCUCAGGGUCUGGGAAGGUUUAUGUGGAAGAAGGCCAUUCUGGGCUUUGAAGCAGAGCCAUAGCUAUGGGGAGGGGAGGGGACUAGCCAGGGUUUUUUUUGCCCUAGGUGAAGCCUGCAGAGGUGCUCCAUGGGGGCUCCUAGCCUGUGUGUGUGUGUGUGUGUACACAAAUGCACAUGGGUGUGUGUGCCAAACUGGGUCUUUGACCCAGGUGAAAUAAAGCCUAGUUUCGCCCCUGCUUUAAGAGUCAGAACCAGUAUUUUCCGUUCAUCCUGGAAGCAGACCAGAAGCCCAUAUAGUUCAUUUCAAAACUGCCAAACCUGUCCCAGUUAGUAAUCUAUUUGCUAUUAAUUAAGAGACACUAUAAAAUGAGCAUCCAGUUUGCCAGCCGGAUCAAGGGGGAGAUUCUCUUCUGCCAUUCCCCUCAACAGUAAUCAACUGGCCUCUAAACAUUUAGCAAAAUGUGUCCACUUCAAACAUUAUUCUAAACCGGCAGCAGGUCCUGCCCGACCCCCUUUUUUUUCCUCUUUCCACCAAGAGAAAUUCAGAGGCAUCUUCUUCUUGUGGAAAAGAUUUUCCUCAUGGAAAAAACAAUCUGGCUUCAUUUCACUAUCAUGCAGCACAUAAUGUGUGUCAUUUUAAUAAAGGGGCGUGUUUUUGAGUGGCAUAAACUAAACCACAAUGCAGUAAGCUGUGUGGUUCUUUUUCAUUUGCCCAGAAAGGCCAGGUUGGGAAAAUGUAUUUGUAGUCAGGGCCAUGUUUGACUUCCUCUGAAAUCAGGAGGUAUUGAUUUGUUUUUUUCCCUCGACUGAUCCUCUCCUCUCUGUUUCCAGCUUCUUGCUGUGGUUUUGGAGCAGCUGCAGCCCAAAGCAUUGUGGGAACGGCUUUCACAUCUGAGCCCAUUAGUCACCAGAUGUCAUCUGCUGCUGCCAGGGCUUCAAACAGCCGAGCAGACAAUGUCCCAUGCAUGCUGAACAUCUGAAUGCCGACUCCUUCAAUAAUGUGGACAGCUCAAUGGGUUCGAAUGACAUCCCAGAAGCACCUGACCUCAAAGCCAUGUUUAUACUGACACCUACAGCUCUGAGAGGAAACACAGGCAGCAGCGGAGGAUUUUCAAGACCAGCUUUGUGAGCUGUUGCUUUCACGUUUAUUUAAAGAAGAAAGAAGGUGGGGGAGAGAAACCCGGAAAGAUUAAUUGAGUGGAUUUGCUAGAGGAAAUAGACUUUUGAUUGACUUUUUGCAUUCAUUGCAUUUCAUUCGCUUCUGCUGUGCAGAAGCAUCAAACAGGGUUAUUAAAAAGGUGACUUAGAGCCAAACAAAA